UUCACUUCAGUCUAAGUAAUAAUUGAAUAAUAAUACGUUUUGACUGCAAACAACACGAGAAUGCGAAAUACAAGCAGUAGCGAAUAAGAAAAAAGAAAGAAAACUGCUUCCCUUAACUGACAUGCCUAGAUGCCAGACGAAUAAAAUACCUGCCUCUUAAACCCAUUUACCAAAGCACUUGGACGUGCACUUUCUGUCUUCAAUAAUUGAGUAGGCUAGCUCCGUUAAAAGUCCCUUCAAAUGGCUGUUUCGAAAGGUAUUUUUAUCCGACACGCUUAAGUCGAAGCUGCAGUGACCAACACAUCGACCAACCACAAUUCUAUGAAAGGGUGUACUGGCGAAACGGCGCGUUUCCUGUUUGAAACUUGUAGCCUGUUACGUGUUAUUCACAAUUUGGGGCCGCAGAGAGACAGACACGCAGAGGGGCGAUACUGUGGGAUCAACCAAGAGGCCCUCUACGGACAGAUUCAGGCCCGGCCCGACGCAGGAUGCAGUAGCCGCGAGCAGUGGGUGCGCGGUCGGACAGCCAGAGGUCCGAGAGAGAGAGAAAGAAAGAGAGAGAAAACGAGAGAGAGAGAGAGAGAGAGCAGCAUGGCAGUCUUUAAGCUGGAGAAUGUGGAGGACCUCUAUGAGAUUGGAGAAGUCCUGGGCAGUGGCCACUUCGGGGAGGUGCGGGAGGUGCGGGAGCGGGCCACAGGGACGCGCUGGGCGGGGAAGUUCCUGAAGCUGCGGAAGUGCGCCGCCAGCAGGCUGGGGAUGGACCGGCGGGCCGUGGAGCGGGAGGUGGAGAUCCUGCAGGCGCUCCAGCACCCCAGCAUCAUGGCCAUCCGCGACGUCUUCGAGAGCCGCGCCGAGGUGGUGCUGGUGGUGGAGCUCAUCCUUGGCGGUGAGCUGUUUGACUUCAUCGCGGCGAAGGAGAGCCUCCUGGAGGAGGACGCCAUCGGGUUCCUGAAGCAGAUUCUGGAGGGCCUGAGCUACAUGCACGACAAGCACAUCGCACACUUCGACCUCAAGCCGGAGAACAUCAUGCUGUCAGCGAAGGACGUCCCUCAGCCAAGCAUCAAGAUCAUAGACUUUGGGCUGGCCCAACGCCUUUCACCGGCGGAGGAGUACAGGAGUAUGGGUGGCACCCCCCAGUACAUCGCCCCUGAAGUGAUCAACAACGAGCCCCUGAGCGUAGCAUCAGACAUGUGGAGCAUUGGUGUCAUCACCUACAUUCUGCUGAGUGGUGCUUCCCCCUUUCAAGGGGAUACGGACGAGGAGACGCUAACAAACAUUAUAGGGAUGAACUACACGUUUGAAGACCGCUAUUUCCGAGAUACCAGCGAGAUAGCCAAAGACUUUAUCAAGAAACUGCUGGUGAAGGAGCAGAGCGAGAGAAUGACUGCUGAUGAGUGCCUUCUCCACCCCUGGAUCAAGCCUCUCACACGGAAGCAGGCUGCCAGCAGGAGUCGUUCCUCCAUCAACAUAAGGAACUUCAAGAGGUUCAACGCCAAGAGGAAGUGGAAGAUGUCCUAUAACAUGGUGUGGGCGUGCACCCGCUUUUCCCGCCUGCAGCUGCUCUGCAAGGCCAGAGCCAAUGAGGACCAAGAGCUGAGACAGUGUGAGAGUGACCAGGAGGACUCGGAAAGCAAUCGGGCUGCCCUGAUUCGCCGCCGCCGACUGAGCAGCACUUCAUAGAGUCGGCCACCAGAGGGAGCCAGUGCACCGGCUGUGCUCGCACGCAGCGUUCCGGGAGACACCAUCUGAGCCGAGCCCUGGGGGGAGACGCUCAGUGGACGGGCGGUGGACGGCUACUGUCCGCGGCUUGGAUAGUUAUACGCAAUUACGCAUGGUGCAGUCCCAAGGAACCCAGUCCACCGCCAACGUUCCUAAGUGCUGUGUUGUUGUUCUGCAGUCAUAUACUAUGUGUGGAGUCUUGGCCCGUAUUUUAAACUGCAUGAAACACCUACUGUAUGGGUCAUGCUUUGAAUAUAAUCUAGUUGGGUGAGGUUUUUUGGGGGGAUGGCAUGCCAGUACCCCACCAGAGUUGUUAUUCCUUAAAGCUCUGAGCUCUGAGUAAAGAGUAUCAGGGGAAAUUAAUUGCUCAGUUUUUUGCAUGCAGUUUUAUAUCAGUGAUGAAUUAUGUGUGACCUUUGCAUGUUUAAGUGAAUCAAGAGCUUGGAAUUGUACGCAGACAAAGUUUAAAACCCAUUUUCACCAGAGUUUCAUUUCAAUAGAGUACAUAUUGUCCCAAAUAGAUCUAAACACUGUUGGAGUUGAUUUUACACUGUUGAAGUUGGUUUAACACUAGGAAUUUUGUUGGGUGAUGUUCCAGUUGCAGAUAGCAUAGUUUUGGGAGUCUCAUAUUGUAGCAUUAUCUUGUCUUGUGUUGCAUCUGUGUUAGCUUUAACAUUUAAAAAAAUCUAUUUCUGUUGUUUAUCAGCUUUGUAAAACAAGAAAAAAUGAAUUACCAAAUCAUUUAAAAAAAAAAAAAAAAACAAGUCAGAGGCCUGUAGUUCUAAGCUCUAUGCAUGUUUUUGGCGUCGGUUUGGUAACAUGGAACUUUGACUGUAACUUGGAAACGUGAAACUGGUCCGGACGACUGUGCGUGGCACUGAUUGUGCACAAGUGCUGGUAGCAGCACCAACCAUGACUGGCAGUCCUGCAGACUGGUGGAUGGGUUGCCAUGGCGUCACCCAGUGAGGGAGGGUUUCGGUGGAAUCGGUGACAGGGGCUGCUGAUUGACAGUCACAUUUUUGAGAAUAUUAUGCCUGCUAUCUGCUAGCCACAGUUAGCUCCUAGAGGAAAAUCUAUUGGGGUCUCUGGAAUGCCAAAGGUGACUGCUUUCUGAUGAGAUAUAGGUGGGUACAGGUGAUGGAUCAUUAUUGGACUAACACUGGAUUGUGCCAGGGUUUAGUCCUCCUCCAAUGGGUCACCCACUGCACCCAGCAAUACCCAACAUCAGACCAACCAGGAAUACCGAUUGCAUGAAUGUCACUGCGCUGUUGCUGAUGUAGCACGUGUGGUUUACAAUCCGAUUCAUUCUGUAAUCCUCGAACAGUCGGCAAAUCAAACUGAUGGCACAAAGACUUCACUCCAUAGCCUCUAAACUUGGUUGUUAUAAGACCACUCAUGUUUAAAAUGAGUGACUGAAGCCUUGAAUGCAGAAUAUGCAUUAUUUUAUUAAUCAAGUAGCUUUUAAACUUAUAUGCAUAAGAGUCAUUGACAGACUUGGUAACUUAAUUAUUAAUGGUUAUUUUAACCUUUAUACUCCUUUAAUGGACAGCAGUCCCAGAUUCCCUUUGUAUAUUUUAGAAGGGAGAAUCCAUUCACUGCAAAAUAAAUAAAUAAAUAAAUAAAU